AUGCUGAACUCGGCGUCACUGUUGGCCGUCUCCCUACUGGCCCAGGCUGCGGUGGCAGAGACAGUGCUGGGAGCCUACAUCUUCUCCCGCCAUGGAGACCGGACGUCCAAGUCGACUCCUCCUACUGUUCUGACUGACCUGGGAUACAGCCAGGUCUACUCGUCGGGCAGAUACUACCGUGACCGAUACAUAUCUUCCUCGUCCUCUUCGCAGGUGCUAGGUAUCAGCCCAAACAUCAUCUCUCCCGGGGAGAUUACGGCCUCCGCUCCGCAGGACGAGGUCCUCCAGAAGUCGGCCCUCGCCUUCUUCCAGGGCCUCUACCCGCCGGCCGGCAAGGAAGCAAAGACGACUUUGCGCAAUGGCACCGUCGUCGAGGCCCCCAUGGACGGAUACCAGCUCGUUGCCAUCGAGCAGGUCAAGUCUGGCUCCAACAGCGAGAAUGUUGUCUGGCUGCAGAGCGCCAGUGCAUGCAAGAAUGCUAAGGUCAGCAGCAACGAUUAUUUCGCUUCAAAGGAGUACAAGGACCUGCUAAAGUCAACGGAGGGCUUCUACAAGGACGUUGCUCCUCUGGUGAAAGACACUAUUGUUGCGGACAAGGUCAGCUUCAAGAAUGCAUAUACCGUCUUCGACCUUCUUAACGUUGCUUCCAUCCAUAAUUCAUCGGAUUCUUUCCCAUCUCUGUCCAGCGAAGUUUACACCCAGCUGCAGUCCCUGGCCAAUAUUCAUGAAUUCGGCCUGGCCUACAAUGCCUCAGAGCCCAUUCGUGCCGUCAGCGGAGCUCUCUUGGCCGGCGAAGUACUGAACUCCUUCAUGGAUACGAUCAAAUCACCCAAGACCAAGCCAAAGGUCAACGUCCAGUUCGGAGCCUACGCUACUUUCCUCUCGUUCUUCGGCUUGACCAAGCUUCCUGCUGCCAAUAAUGACUUUAACGGCAUACCAGACUACGCAUCUAGCAUGGCCUUUGAGCUCGUCACCAACGCUAGCACUUCUUCUGACUCCUUCCCGGCUGAAUCAGAAAUUAGCGUCCGAUUCCUUUUCCACAACGGGACUACCAUCCCUGGUUCAUCUGAGACGGAGCCAACGGUCUAUCCUCUCUUCGGCCAGGAGAAGACCCUACUUCCUUGGUCCGACUUCGUCUCGCUCAUGAAGGAGAUUGCCAUCACUUCCCAGGAUCAGUGGUGUCAAGCCUGUGGUAGUGCAAGUGAAGGAUGUCCCGGUGCUCCCUCUUCCAGCGGCCCCUCCGGUCCUUCUACCAGUGACAACGGCAUCUCCAGGCCAGUGGCUGGCGUUAUCGGUGCCUUGGUUACGCUUUCAGUAAUCCUCGGUGUGCAGGCUCUAAUCUUCUUCGUUGGCGGGUUCACCAUUGCACGCAAGAGUAAGCGUGUGAACAGUCUCAGUGAAAUGAAACAAGGGUCUGUUUGA